AAGUGUUUAUUCCAGUUAACUUUACGCGUUUUGCUGCCAUGUCUCCUUCGCAGACUCUUCUUUAGAGGCUUCUGGAUUUUAGUGAAACCACUGCGUCUUCAGGUUGGCAGCCAGUGAGUGGGCCGUUGUCACCAAGGACCCUGGAAAGCAUCAUCAUCAAUGGUGUGUCUACAUCUCAGAGCUGUCACAUUUUCCUGUGUACGCUCAAUGAACUAUCUCCUCAGCUCACACCGCAGCUGUAUGGCGUAUGCGAGGCUUGGAGGGGAGUUUUGCCAAGCCCAGCACCUGCUGCUUAUUGUGGACAAGUGAACAGGAAACGCCAACUCAGCCUAAACACUGCCGCUCAUAGACACAGAAGGUCCUUACUGCCAUCCUGUUCAACCCAUAAGAAGACAAGCCAACCUUCUGUCUGUCACCUGUCUGCGGGAGUCGGGAGGUUUCCUCCUGCGAGUUUCUAUUUCCUCACUGUUCUUGGCCUGUCAUUCUCCUUCUCUGAUUUGAGCAAAUUUUGAAUGGGAUAAGAGACUUGAAGGAAAAGGACAGAUCUUUUUCUGUCUUUCUAUUUGCUGGACAUUUCCUGUAACUUUUUUUCCACCAACAUCAUUUAAAGAUAUUGGUGUGUGUAUAUAUAUAUUUAUUUUUUGUAGCCAAGCCAACUUUAAUUUUCUUCAUCAUUGCCAAGGAGAGCCCCCACACCCCAACCAGAAUUUCCCAAGAAAUCUGUCACCAAAGUAAUUUAAUGAUCUAAAAGUGUUAGUGUGUAAUUUGUUGCAUUGGAAUCCUACAUAGCUUAUUUAUUUAUUUUGAUAAGUAAGUUUCCUGCUCAUUCAAACAAAGAACUUUUUAUUUGACAACUACUAAUUUGUUACUCCACUUCUGAAUAUCUUGCUGAUUAUUUGUUCUUGGUCUAAAAAUGAACCGACCGGCACCAGUGGAGAUCACCUAUGACUGUCUGAGGUUCCUCAUCACGCAUAACCCCACGAAUGCACAACUGGGAAGAUUUAUAGAGGAUCUAAAAGCUUAUGGCGUAAACACCCUGGUGAGAGUGUGUGCUGCGACAUAUGACAAGACUCCGGUGGAACAAGAAGGCAUACAGGUGUUGGACUGGCCAUUCGACGAUGGCUCUGCACCUCCGGAUCAGGUGGUGGAUGACUGGCUGAACCUGCUGCAGACAAAGUUUCGGGAUGAGCCCAGCUGCUGUGUGGCUGUUCACUGUGUUGCUGGACUUGGACGAGCUCCUGUGUUGGUGGCACUUGCUCUAAUCGAGUGCGGGAUGGAGUAUGAAGAUGCCGUGCACUUCAUAAGGCUGAAACGUCGCGGAGCGUUCAAUUCCAAGCAGCUACUCUUCCUGGAAAACUACAAACCUAAACUGUGUCUGCGGUCAAAGGAUGCCAACGGACAGAGCUGCUGUGUACAGUAAGAAUCAGCAACACCGCGUUAAAUGGGAAAUGGUCACGAGAAAGUCAUCACAUUUUUGACUGGUUUAAAGAUCGUGUAAUCUGUUGGAAACCAUUUCAUU